AAAAGAAUGACCUCAACUUUAAACCAGCAGCUACAAGAGAGGAUACUGCACCCCGCCUCAAAGCAAAAACACUGUCCAAGAUUGGUUGGAAGAUCACAACAAAAUGCUGACAUGGUCAACAGAUAACCCACAUCUGAAUCCAAUAAAUCACCUGCGCUGGAUAAACAAGCCAGGCUCAUUGCCUUAUUCCUUAUUUUGCAGAACUUAAAAGAUUCUGUUCUGGUUUGACCAUUUACUGGCCAGUCUUGGACCCUUAAUGGUCAAAGAAUACUUUCUCAUUUCUCUCACAUCUUAGCUUAAUACUUGAUUAAAUUCUGGUAUUUUAAAAAUGCUGUCGUUUUUGUGUGGUUAUGUUGUUAGUGUUUGAUGCAUUCUGUGUUUUUAUCUCUGUUUGCGGUUCUUCUGGGGAAACAGAGAUAUAAAACAGAUGGUCCAAGAUAGAGCAGCACACAUUCAGAGGGUUUCUCAGGUAAAGAGGAAACCCAAUAAACUCAUGUCACACGAAAACACAUAACGCAUUCCAGCAGGUAUUUGAACGCAAUAAAUAGCUCACUUAUGGAACAACAAGAGCAAAGCUCCUUAGGAGGAAGCACUAUGUUUACUAUAUAAGGUAGAACUGUAGAAGGACCGUAAAUUCCUUUGGGAGCAUUAACUCAAAGCACCAUUUUUUCUAUAUCAAACGCAGCAUUAAUUGCAGCACAACACAGGAAUGAGUGUAGCUUAAAAUCCUCUAAUACGACUUAGGUAAAUCUGCUAACACUCAGAUUGCAUAAGUUUGACUCAAGGGUCUCUUUGUUGCCCACUUCAUUCUUUUCCAAGCAAAAUCCUUGUGUGCCUCCGGCCAGCUGUAGUUCGAUUAAUCCACCAAAAGGGUAGCCAGAAGGGAGGGGGCCCGAUAACCACUUGAAGAAAUGGAGACUUUAGUGUUUUUAUUUUCCUUUUCUGCCCUUGGUGUUCUUUAUGCAAUGAACAUCACCCCUGAGUUUCAAGAGCCUUAUGUGAUCCUGGAGAUCGGCGUCGCUGUGCUGGUAAUUGUGUUUCUCUUCUACUACCUCAUCACUCGUGGCAACCCACCUAAAGACUUCUUAUUCUUUGUUUUUGCAGAGUUUUGUUUUACAUGUGUCAUUGACCUGACAAGUGCCUUGGAAUAUGAUGGCAUAAUUUCUGGCUUUAUGGAUUUCUACCAGAAGACAGGUGAGCCGUACCUGGGGACUUCAUAUGCCAUCAUGAUGUGUUACUGGGAUGGAAUAGCACACUUUAUCCUCUACCUGAUGAUGAUCAGCAGGAUAACAGACAGGAGAGCCUAUCGUACCCUGGGCCUGUUCUGGGCUGGCUCCUUGUGCGCUAACAUGAGUGUGUUUAUUACUGGGAUAGUGGCAGGUAAAUACGGGUCAGAGAUUCGUCCAGCCUUCUGGCUCAAUUUUCUCUUUCUUUUGAUGCCCGUGCUGGGAGCCAUCGCCCUGUUCACUCGGCCCAAGGACAGACCUCUUAUCGGUGGAUACAAUGCCCAACACGCUCAGACCAUGAAGCUAAUCUGGCGUCCCUUGGAUCUCAUCCUGGUGGUGCUCCUGUUGGCUGCCAUGGCUUUCACCGUCCUCAGAGGCUUGGUGGCUCUGGACUCCCCACUUGAAGCCUGCUCUGUAUACCUGAGUCAGUACGAACCCUACCUGAAGGAUCCUGUGGGCUAUCCCAAGGUGAUGAUGCUGCAUUUGUUCUUCUAUGGGUUGCCACUGCUGGGUGCGUUUGUCUAUGGCCUCCUCAAACCUGGGUGUACGUGGAUGUCAGACUGGACAAUGUUCUUUGCUGGUGCCAUGAUCCAGUGCCAGUGGUCCCACAUCGGGGGGUCUCUCCAUUCUCGCACCACAACUCCAUUUCGCAUCCCGAAUGAUGCUUUCUGGACAGUUCUGGGAGCUAAUCUGCUCUACGCAGCCGUCCCCAUCCUGGUUGCCAUGCGGGUUCAGAGUAACCCCUACUUCUUUCUAAAAAUUGCCCCCUUUCCUGGGCAGACUGGCUUGCCAAACAGCGAGGAGAAAGAUACCAAGUACAAAGAAAAAUAAAUCUGAAUUCUCACUGACCUUUGGAGAUAAUCACUUAUGUCAAGGUUCAUAAAGAGGUUUUUAUCACAAAUGUCAUACUUGAAAAUUCCAAAAUAAAAGAUUAUUUUGCUCAAAA